GCUCGCAGGCGUACCAACCCUUCCUGGGCCCCCCCCCCGGAGGAGUGGCUGUGGGUGGCCCUCAACAGGCGGCAGCGUUGUCGCGGACAGCUAAUAAUAUCACCGAGAAAAAAACACAAAUGCAAAUCCAGAUGUCAUCCUAAACCCGUCGACAGUCCGCCUGCUCUCGCUCUCCAGUCCCCGCAUCUGCCUCCCUGUCUCUCAACCCUGGUAGGUACCCGUACCGAUCCCACGCACCUCGGCAUCUUUCGUGCAUGUCUUGUUUUCCUGCUACUAAAUCCGCGCCCCAGCGACUUGUCCGCUCCGAGCGGGUCGCGGCCCCAGGCGAGCCUAGAGCAAUAAAAGAUCCAAUUUUGCGGUUCGGGUAGGCGAACUCUCUCCCUUGCUUCACUCUUUCUGCUGCUACCUGGGAUAUCUCUUUUUUUUAUAUUGUAUCGUCCCGUCUGCGUCCGCUUCUGCGAAUCAACCGGUGACGUUCCUCUCGGCUCCCUCCCCCUAUCACCAACCUCUCUUCCCGCCUGUUUCCCCUGGUUGGUCGGUCGCAUCUCCCCCGUUUGUGCACACCACCCAGCACCAACCGUGUUUAUCCACCUCUCCCCAUUGGCCGGACGAUUCGAUAAAAAAUAUGGCUGGCAUCGGUCCCGACCUCAAGACCGCUGCCUAUAUCAAGCAGCUGUCGACGCCGCCUCCUGCCGGCUCGCCCUACGCGCUUCCCGUCCCCGGCACCGAACGAGAGAACCGCACUCCCGUCUACCGCCACUGGCAAUUCCUGGACAAGCCUCUGCUCGAGACCUACGUCCCCGAGAUACGCACCUUCCACGACCUGUUCCAGGACGCCGUCAGGCGCUUCCCGAACAACAAGUGUCUCGGCACCCGGCCCUGGGAUCCCGUCACCAAGUCCUGGGAGCCCAGGUAUGUGUGGCAGACCUAUGCCGAAGUCGCCGUGCGCAGCAAGAACUUCGGGUCCGGGAUACAGGAGCUCCAUAGCCGCAUCGGACAAGCGCCCGGCAACUAUGGCGUCGGCCUCUGGAGCCAGAACAGAGCCGAGUGGCAGAUCGCAGAUAUCGGGUUGACUUCGCAAUCUCUCUUCUCCGUCUCCCUCUACGAAACCCUCGGUCCCGACGCCUCCGAAUACAUCAUCAGACACGCCGAGCUCUCGUGCGUGGUCACCUCGCUCCCUCACAUCCCCACCCUGCUGGCUCUCGCGCCUCGGAUACCCGCGCUCAAGCUGAUCGUCUGCAUGGACCCUCUGGACGGCGGCGAGCCGGAUGGGUACUCGAAGAUGGCCUUGUUAAGCGGCAUCGCGGCUCAGCAUGGCGUCGAGAUUUGGCCCAUGACGGGCGUCGAGGAGCUGGGAGAAAAGGCUGCCCGCCCCGUACGGCCGCCUCGCCCGACUGAUAUCCUUACUGUCAACUAUACCUCCGGCACCACCGGGGACCCGAAGGGCGUGGUACUGACACAUGCCAACUGCGUCGCCGCCGUUUCGAGCGCUCGUUCCAGCGCGGGCUACACGCAUACGGACGUCACCAUUUCCUACCUGCCUCUGGCUCACAUAUACGGACGGAUGAUAGACCAAUGCGCUGUGUCGGAGGGUAGCGCCAUUGGCUAUUUCCACGGAAACAUGCUAGAGUUGGUCGACGACCUUAAACUUCUGAGGCCCACUGGCCUGAUAUCUGUCCCCCGCCUGUACAAUCGGAUCAGCAUGGGCAUCCAGGCCCAGACCGUCAAGGCCAGCGGUGUCAAGGGUGCCCUGUCGCGGAAAGUUGUCGACACCAAGAAAGCGAACAUGAAACUGCCGCCCGGGCAGGCCACCAACAAGCACCUCCUCUACGACCGGAUAUGGACCCCCAAGGUGCGAGCCGGCGUCGGCUUGGACCGAUGUCGUUCCAUGGUGAGCGGAAGCGCGCAACUUGACCCUGACGUCCAGGAGUUUCUUCGGGCAGCGCUAGGCAACUAUUUCUGCCAAGGCUACGGCCUUACCGAGUCGUACGCCGCAGGGUCAUUCCAGCUCCAGGGUGACUUUUCUCUGGGAAACGUUGGCGGGCCGAUGCCCGGCAUAGAAAUCUGCCUGGAGUCGCAGCCUGAGCUUGAGUAUCUCGUGACGGACACGCCCCGCCCGCGAGGCGAGCUGUUGCUGCGGGGACCGUUCGUUUUCGGCGGCUACCUAAAGAACGAGGCGGAAACCCAGAAGGCGCUGGAGGCGGACGGAUGGUUCCACACCGGCGAUAUCGCCGAGAUCGACGAGUUAGGCCGUAUCAAGAUCAUCGAUCGCAAGAAGAACGUGCUCAAGCUGUCCCAGGGAGAGUACAUCUCGCCCGAGCGGAUCGAGAACGUGUACAUGGGCAGUUCGAACUUGAUUGCCACCGCUUUCGUGCACGGCGAGCCUAGCCAGUCGACCCUGGUCGGCGUCUUUGGCGUGGACCCAGUCACGUUCGCCCCGUUCGUCAGCAAGAUCCUGAAGAAGACCGUUGCCCCCGACGAUAUCGAAGCCAUCAAGGCGGCGGCUCGGGAAUCCCAAGUAAUCAAGAGCUUUAUCAAACAUCUCGACGGUAUCGGCAAGAAGCACAAGUUCAAUGGCUAUGAGCGAGUGCGCAACUGUCUCCUGGACGUGGAACCAUUUACCGUGGAGAACCAGCUUCUAACACCAACUCUAAAGCUGAAGAGGCCCCAAACCGCAAGGAAAUUCAAGUCCGAGAUCGACCGUAUGUACACGGAAAUCAACGAGGAAGCCUCGAGCGCCCAGCCGAAGCUGUGAUCUAAUAACCGGGCUUGCGUUACCAGCAAUCCCAUAUAUAUAGAUAUAUGUAUUUAAGUAGCGUGCUAGAUGACAAUGAGGACAGCAUUCUGCUGACUUCAACACAUGUUUUAUAUAUUAUUAGUAAAUUACUCGGCCUAGUGGCCGCAACUUAUACUUGUUUAUAAGAAUGUUGUGUAUUUAAUAAUAUAUCUAUGAGAUGUUUAUAUAUUGAUGCGUACUUUUAGA